ACUUUGUAAGAGCAGCUGCCAGGGCACUGGACAGGACUGUGUAUCAGCAGCUUGACUCGGCACAAGAAACCUGUGGGAGCAAGAUUCAAAACAGACGUGCUGGCCAACAUGAGCACAGUGGGCAAAGUAAGCGGAAUUUUUUUAGGAAAAGUUUCUUUGCUGUAGCUGAGUAAUGCAUUUUAAAUGCAGCUUCUUUGCAGGGACACCAUAAAUACUGACGGGGUAGUAUAAAUGAGAGUUUGGGAGAAAGCUGGUGCAGUAGGGCUGCCUUUCCUUGCAGACCACUGUACUCUCCUAGGAAAUGACUGCUAGGCUCUUCAAGGCAACAAUUUCAAUUCAUUUAUUUAAAUACUGAGGCGACAUAAGCUAAUAACACUAGAGUAAGAAUAAAGCUAAUUUCAAGCUCCGAUUGACUGUGUUAAUAUAUAACAUAGCAUGUAUUCGGACAAAUAAAAAAUUAUCAGCUGCACCACUCUCCCUUCUGAGAUCUCAGGCUGGUUCCGACUAUUUUUAGCUUUUUUACAUUUCAUGUAAGUUUAUUAACAGUUUGUCUCUUCUUUAGAAAACAUUGUGUUAAAUUUUAGGGUGUAACUGUGUAUGUGUUAAAACUAUCAAGCAGAAGUAAAUUCACCAAGUUCAGUUCUCUGUUCAGCCUUUGCCUGAGAGUGAUAAGGCAUUGUGGUGGAGUUACCAUGCUUUGUUUUCAGUGUAUUUAUCUCUGAGUCAGUAUGCAAGUUACCUUGCAGCUUGCAUGACCAUGCAGCAUGAUCUUCCUCCUCUGUAAAAGGGUGUGUUUCUACAGCUUGCUUUUCCUCGCUGCCACAACUUGUAAGGUUAUUAAAUGCAAGGCAGCAGUACUGUGGGAAGCGAAUAAACCAUUUUCUCUUGAGGAAGUGGAAGUUGCCCCACCAAAAGCACAUGAAGUUCGUAUUAAGAUUGUAGCCACGGGGAUCUGUCGCUCUGAUGACCACGUGGUGACUGGUGCACUGGCUAUGCCUUUUCCAAUAAUCCUUGGGCACGAGGCAGCUGGUGUCAUAGAAAGUGUUGGGGAGAAAGUAACUUCGUUAAAGCCAGGAGACGCAGUUAUUCCACUCUUUGUUCCACAGUGUGGAGAGUGCAGAUCUUGCUUAAGCACCAAGGGUAAUUUGUGCAUUAAAAAUGAUCUUUCUUCUUCACCUACUGGACUAAUGGCUGAUGGUACCACUAGGUUUACCUGUAAGGGGAAAGCAAUUCAUCAUUUUGUUGGUACAAGUACUUUCACUGAAUACACGGUAGUACACGAAACUGCUGCAGCCAAAAUAGAUUCUGCUGCUCCUCUGGAAAAAGUUUGUCUGAUUGGCUGUGGAUUCUCAACUGGUUAUGGGGCUGUUCUGCAGACUGCCAAGGUAGAAGCAGGCUCCACCUGUGCCGUCUUUGGCCUUGGAGGAGUCGGCCUCUCUGUUGUCAUGGGCUGCAAGGCAGCUGGAGCGUCCCGCAUCAUUGCCGUCGAUAUCAACAAGGACAAGUUUGCCAAGGCCAAGGAGCUAGGAGCCACCGAGUGCAUCAACCCUAAAGAUUUCAAGAAGCCUAUUCAUGAAGUGCUGACUGAAAUGACUGGCCAGGGUGUGGACUACUCCUUCGAGGUCAUCGGCCGUAUUGAAACCAUGACUGCGGCCUUGGCCUCUUGCCACAACAACUACGGAGUCAGCGUGAUUGUGGGAGUGCCUCCUGCAGCACAAAAAAUUAGUUUUGACCCCAUGCUUAUCUUCAGUGGUCGCACCUGGAAAGGGUCCGUCUUUGGAGGCUGGAAGAGUAAAGACGCCGUGCCCAAACUGGUUGCUGAUUACAUGAAGAAAAAGUUUGUUUUGGAUCCAUUAAUAACCCACACACUUCCUUUCACUAAAAUCAAUGAGGGAUUUGAUCUGCUAAGGACAGGGAAGAGUAUUCGCAGCGUCCUCGUAUUGUAAUUUUCUUGAUGGCUUAGCAGCAGUACAAACUUCAUUCUGCUCCAGUACAACUGACACGAAUCAGAUAUUUCUGAAAGCAUCACCACCGCCUGCGCUUAAAAGGAUCAAACUCAGCAUCCAGACUUCAAGCAAAGCACUUAGAAUGGAAAUAAUAAUCUUUCCUCCCAUCUUUUGAUCUUUAUUACUGCUUUCAAGUUACUGCAUCAUAAUGUCUAUUUCUCUUAAUAUCCAAUAAUGAUAUUACAGUCUGUGCUGCUGGAACAGGUGUUAGGAAAGGUUUGGUUUGAUUUCUGACCUUUAACUGUGAAUACCAAGUAAUUGGGAAGAAAUAGGUGACAGGUGACAAUCUGCAAAAGAUCAAACUAAGAAUCUUAUGGCUUUUUCUGCAUUUGUAAUCAAGAAACAGGAACAGAAGCUAUUCAACCCCCUCACUAUGAAACCUGUUUCUGCAUCUGAUCACACAGAAGAAACAAAAUUUCUUACUACCUCGCCUGAACUUCCCCCACUGCACCUCUGCACCAUUCCAGUGCAUCCCAUGAUGCUACCAAAUCAAAUAUCCUAUGAAUGCUACCAAAACAAAUACAGAAUCUUGCUGCUUUCGGCAACCGAGAAGUGUGGACAGAGGCACUUCUGUCUUGGAAAACAUGGUCAAUAACGACUUAUCUUUUUAAAGAGAUGACAGCCCCUUCCAGUAGUCCUAAGAACACAAAGGUAGACUUACAGUGCUUGCCCAAUAGCUGGGUAAAGGAGACUGAAAUAAGGGGACAGAGAAAACAAUGACUUACACGUGUCAGCUGAACAAGUCCUUGAGCAGCCAAGCAGGGUUAAUGAUUUGAAGACAGGUUUACUGAGAGAUUAGACCUAUCAGAAAGAGCUGCUCAAACAUAUAUGCUUCUAAUAAAGUCAGCUUGCACAGCAAUUAAGACCCAAA